CGAAAGCACUGCAGUCUCUCUCAGUAUUUUUUUUUAUAAAUUGAGAAAUGUCAUUUGAAAAUCAAAGUUUUGUGGUAGUUGGAGGAGCGAGUGUAGGCGGGAUUGGUCUGGAAUUCGUUAAGGAGCUCUUUUCCAUUGGAGUUGAGAAAAUUGCCAUUUUUGAUGUAUUGAAUCCGAGUAGAGCGACUGCCGAACUAAAAUCUUCAUUUCCAAAUAAAACCGCUCAAUUCCACAAAGUGGAUGUUCGCAAUAGGUCCGAAAUUGAAUGUGCAUUCAAAGAAGUGAUUAAAUCAUUCGGUUAUGUCGAUGUACUGGUGAAUUGUGUGGGAAUUUUUGAUGAAAACAGACCGAAAGACGUUAUUGACAUCAAUUUGACGGGUGUAAUUUAUAGUACUUUGACUGGAAUUGAUUAUAUGGCCGUCAGUAAAGGUGGACACGGCGGCACAAUAGUAAACAUAUCAUCAAAUGCUGGUUUAAGUGUGUCUGGCUACACCCCUGUUUAUUGUGCCAGCAAAUAUGGUAUCGUCGGUUUUACCAAGUCAUUGGCAUCAAAAGAGUUGGCUGCAGAGCUUGGCAUAAAAUUCAUUCUAAUAUGUCCAACAGCCACUUCUACUCCGUUGUUAUCGGAUUACACAUCGAAAGCCUAUGGAAAAUAUGCUGCCGAUGAGCUUCCAAUCAUUUUUGAGGAACACGUCGUAGUUCAAACGGCGAACCAAUGCGCCAAAAAUAUGGUAGAAGUAAUAAAAACACCUGAAAAUGGAUCAACAUGGAUUCUAGGUCACGGAUCAUAUAUCAAAUCCGAAUAAUCUCACAUUUAACCUUUUUUAGGUUAUUUGAAAUUGAUCCGUUGUUGAAUUCGACUAAUGAAAAUAAAUUGCGAAUAUGACUAGAAGUCGAAAUAAAAUUGAAAGUAACAUAAAGGCUCUAUUUUAUUUUUCUCUAUUUUACAAGUCAAAGUUGAUCGAAAACAUCAAAAAUGAGUACAUCCUUUGGCUAAGCUAAAAAUUCAAAUAAAAAUUGAUAGAAAUUGAUACAGAACUGAAGUGAAACAGCGGCCGUACAGCGUACAAAUUAAAAUUUAAUUUAAACAAUUAAAACACAUCCAUUGAAAACACAUUAAUUAUUGUAAUAGAAACUCACAGAAUUUAAUUUUUUUCUUCGAUAAAAAUGUGAAUAAAAAUAUAAAAAAUGGUUCAGAAUAAAUAUACUAUAGUGCCAGAUAAGUUGAAAAAAAAUC